CAGUCUCCUGGCCAAUUGUGACUGCAAGAACAAUCGCCAGUGAUAAAGUGUUGUGAGCUGGGGUCAAUUUGACAAGUUACAUUUCUGCAUUACAAGAGACUCACGAGGAAAUUCCCUACGAUAUGGUGGAAGCUGUUCCAGCGCGAGGAAAUGUGCUCGGAAGUCUUCUUCCGGCACGCUAUAUUCUGGCCCUCUUGGGCUCCAUCGGCAUGGCCAUCAUCUACGGACUGAAGGUCAAUCUGAGCGUUGCAAUGGUGGCGAUGCUCAAUCACACCGCCUUGGCGUCUGCUCAUGACGUCCUCAACGGGACAACCGGCGCCUCAACAUCAGCAGAUGAAUCUUGCGCGGGAGAUGCGAAUGCCAACGUGGCAGUUGAGGACGGACCGUUCAUGUGGAGUGAGCCUCUGCAAGGAACAAUCCUAAGCUGCUACUUUUGGGGCUACUUCAUCUCCCAAAUCCCCGGCGCGCGGAUCGCUGAACUCUUCUCCGCCAAGUGGGUGAUGUUCUUCUCCGUCGCCAUCAACGUCGUCUGCACCAUUCUCACCCCAAUCAUGGCCGAGUGGCACUACAUCGCCGUUAUCGCGAUGCGCGUCGGCGAGGGCAUCGGCGGCGGAGUGACCUUUCCCGCUAUGCAUGUCAUGAUUGCCUCCUGGGCCCCACCCGUCGAGAGGAGUGUCAUAUCGGCGAUAAUUUACGCCGGCACUGCUCUGGGCACCGUGAUCUCCAUGCUGAUGGCUGGCCAGCUGGCAGCUGGCUGGGGUUGGGAGUCCGUCUUCUACGUCAUGGGCUUCCUGAGCAUCAUCUGGAUGGUGAUGUGGAUCUUCCUGGCACAAGAUUCGCCCAGCAAGCAGAAGCUCAUCAGCCAGGAAGAGCGAGAUUUAAUCACGUCAGCUCUGGGCGCCGCCAAUGGCGACUCAGCGCACGGUGCGAAGAAGCCUCCGGUGCCGUGGAAGAGGGUCUUCACCUCGCCCGCCUUCCUGGCCAUCCUCAUCGCCCACACGGCCAGCAAUUGGGGCUGGUAUAUGCUGCUGAUCGAACUACCCUUCUACAUGAAGCAAGUCUUGGGAUUCAACAUCAAAGAGAAUGCUGUGGCCACUGCCAUUCCCUUCCUCACCAUGUGGCUCUUCAGCAUCGCUAUCAGCAAGAGUCUGGACACGCUGCGCAGCAGAUCGAUGAUCAGCACGACCACAGCCAGGAAAGUGGCCACAAUGUUUGCCUCCGUUGUGCCAAUGUUCGCCCUCCUCGCGCUCUGCUACAUCGGAUGCCAACGGGGAGUGGCUGUGGCGCUCAUGGGAAUCGCCAUCACUGCCAUCGGCGGAAUGUUCUGCGGCUUCCUCAGCAAUCACAUUGACAUAGCACCAAACUACGCUGGAACUCUCAUUGCAAUCACAAACACCGCAGCCACAAUUCCAGGCAUUAUCGUUCCAGUCUUUGUCGGCUACAUCACUCAUGGGAAUCAAACCAUCUCCGCCUGGAGGAUUAUCUUCUACGUGACCAUCGUGCUGUACAUCAUUGAAAUCAUCUUCUACCUUCUCUUCGGAUCUGGCGAGGAGCAGCCGUGGAACAAGGGCGGAGACGUGAAGAAACUCACAGAAACCGACGAUCCCGAAGGAGUUCCGCUGCGCCAGAAGGCCAGUCCCACGAGUUACACAAGUGAAAACGAAUGAGAACCACUCAUGCCCUCCCGCUGAGAAUACUCACAAGGAUUCACGUACAGUCCCAAUCCCACAGACAAUGCCAAGAUAUUGUACAAUGCAUCCUUUAU